CAAGGGGACCCAAUUUUUGCAUUCUGUGAAAACGGGCAACGUCAAAUAUCUUAGAGAAAGUAUCAAAGAUUUGUGGUUUCAAGUAAUUUCUAAUGGUACAGUUUCUGUCGAUACAUUUUAUUUUCUCAGUGGAAUAUUAACUUCUUUUAUGACUUUUAAAAAUGUAAUACACAAAAUAAAAUUCAAUAUUCCUAUGUUUUUGUUUCAUCGAUUUUGGAGAUUAACUCCUUCUUGUAUGCUUGUAAUAUGUUUAACUUUAUUGUUACCUUUAAUUGGAUCGGGACCGGCUUGGAAAGAAUGUAUUGUAACUUUAGCAGAAGAUUGCCGAAAUUACUGGUGGACCAAUUUAAUGUAUCUUAAUAAUAUAAUUGUUCCAAGCCAUCAGUGUUUACCACAUUCUUGGUUCCUACCAGUUGAUAUGCAAUUCCAUUUUCUCUCUCUAUUAUAUUUUAUACCGACUUUUAGUGGAAGAAUACGUCUUGGAAAAAUCAUUAUAAUGUUAUUAGUUGUCAUUGGUACAGCAAUAAGUGGCAUUGUUACUUACAUAAAUGAUUAUCCUCCGACAGAAUUGCACGUUCAUCCAGACGGAGAAGCAAGAAUGGAAAUGAAAUCCGAUGUAUACUUUACUGUUUAUCCCCAUAUGGGAGCUUACUGUAUAGGAUUAUUGCUAGGUUAUAAACUUUUUACAAAUAAAACUAAUUCUUUUAACAAGGUAACGUUGAUGAUAGGUUGGCUUUUAUCUGCAUCGUGUGCUUUGUUAGUAUUGUUAGGUGUAUACGAUUGGAAUAGAGGUAAUUUACCAUCAAGUUUUACUUCAGCAUUGUAUGCUGCCCUUCAUAGAACAGCAUGGACUAGCGCUGUUGCAUGGGUAGUUAUAGUAUGCGAAUCUGGCCAAGCAGGUAUAAUAAACACAUUUCUAUGUUGUAAAAUGUUAAUACCAUUAAGCAGAUUAACUUAUUUGGCAUUCCUUCUUCAUCCUUUCAUGCUAUGGAGUUUUGUUGGUUUGACACGUGAACGAUUUUACUACAGUCAUUAUUUUAUUUUAUAUAGGUACAUCAGUCAUAUUGUCCUUUCAUACACUGCAGCAUUUAUAUUUAGUGUUUUAUUCGAAUUACCUUUUUGCUCAAUGGAAAAGAUUUUAUUUAAAAGACACACGAAGAUUAAUAUAAGUCAUGUAAAUAAUGAAAAAGGAAAAUUUGUAAAAGAAUAUUUUCAAAAUGGACAUGCCAGGAAUGUUGGUGAUUAUGUUUCUCAUUGCGUUGUUUUUAAUUUGUUUAAAACGAAUGGAAACACAAUCAUGACUAUUGCUCUCAAGUUAGUUCUUAUUUGGUUACUUUUAUUUACUCAAACUUUCUUAAUAUCGGAAGUUACAUCGGAGGAAAUAAUAAAAAAUGACGAAGAAGUGAAAGAAAUGUGGUUAAAUACUUUAGAGAACUUGAGAUAUUUCACGAAAUUCCUCGCAAAAUUCUUAAAACCCAGACUAAAGAGAUUAGAAAAAGAAUUAAAUAUUAAGCAAGAAUGUAAAGAAUCUUUUAAACAGUUUCUAUACGACUUACAAAAUAAUAAAGUUUGGGCUUUUAAAAUGUUUGAUUCGUGGGGUAAAAUUACACCAGGAUACAUGGUAGGAAGUUUAACAGAUUAUGGAUCUUAUUACGAAUGUAAAAAUGUUAUUCACGAUACAAAGAAGGCUUUUAACACAGACUGGAAGAAUUUUUCUCCACGUUAUUGCAUUCUCGAUUAUAUUUUACCUCCACCUUCAGUAGCAAAGGAUAUUUCACCUUACGACACAGUUCCCGAUUUUCUUAAUAUUACCGACAAAGAUUCCGUACAGAGUUUUUUGGCCAAUAAUUCUUACCUUUUUAACCAACAUACUUUUAGAAAUGGAAUAUGUGUUCCCUCUUCUUGCAAUUCUAAAGAUAUUCAAAUAGUUUUUAAAAAAUUUUUGAAUAACAUUGGAAUUGAAGGAAUCGUGAAAGUUAGCCAUUGUGACAGCGAUGCUCCAGUUACUGUGAAUACAGAACAGGAAGUUGUAAUCAUCUUCUUCUCGAGUUUAAUUGUGUUCUUGAUAAUUGGUACAAUUAUGGAUUUACUACAAAGACGUACAAGUAAUUAUGACGUUAAAAAACGGAAUUCUAGUUUGACGAAAAAAAUAUUUUUAUGCUUCUCGUUAUAUACAAAUGUGCAGAAAUUAUUUUCUAGUAAGAAAUCUUCUGAUACGUUAACUGUUCUUCAUGGUUUAAGAGUCAUUUCUAUAUCGUGGAUUAUUUAUUGCCAUUCUCAUUUGUAUGUAGACACACAGUCUAUAGCUGGUGCACUCAUUUAUAAAGAAUUCUUUAAAGAUUAUUUUUAUCAAUUUGUAGCCAAUGGGACACUUUCGGUGGAUACAUUUUUCUUUAUCAGUGGUUUCUUAGUGUCUUAUAACACAAUAACUCUUGUUAAAAAGCAUAAAAAGAAGUUUAAUAUUCCUGUUUUCAUCAUCUAUCGAUUUUUCAGAUUAACACCAACGUACGCUGUGGUUAUUGGAAUUUUAUUCGUUUUACCAUUGUUGGGUGAUGGACCUGUCUGGAACUUAACUCUUGAUCCGGAAGUCGAAAAAUGCCGUAAAGGAUGGUGGAGAAAUUUAUUAUUUAUUAAUAACUUUAUCGAAAGUCAUAACGGGUGUCUAGAUCACAGUUGGUACUUAGCAACGGAUACACAACUUUACAUGGCAUCAUUAAUAGUAGUAAUACCGCUCAUUAGGUGGUCUACUCUUGGACUUAUAAUCAAUUUCAUAUUACUGAUUCUAUCAAUGAUAGUAACUGCGUUUAUAACACUCUACAUGAAGCUACCUCCAACUGCAUUAACCGCAUCGUAUACAAAUUCGAGUGAUCGAUUCCUCGAUUGGUCAAAAGUAUAUUACAAACCAUAUCCCCACGUUGGAGCAUUUUGCAUUGGAUUAGCAACUGGUUAUUUACUAGUCAAGAAGCCUCAACUAAAAUUAAGUAAAUGGAUUCAAGCAUUAGGAUGGAUCUGCACUUGUGUCUGUAGUGCCGCAGUAUUCUUUUCUGCAAGAGAUUGGAAUUUAGGUCAUAAACCAUCACCCUGGAUCUCGGCUCUUUAUGCAUCCACGAAUCGAACUGUGUGGUCUCUCUGCGUGUCUUGGGUUGUAAUAAUGUCUGUGUACGGUUACGGAGGAAUCGUAAGUAAAUUUCUUAGUUGUAAAUUAUUCACGCCUUUUAGUAGAGUUUCUUAUUGCACGUAUCUUAUUCACCCGUUAAUAUUGUGGAUAUACAACGCUCAAAGACGAGAUACAAUUUAUCCAACUUACUUUAUUUGGAUGUAUAUGGUAAUAGGCCAUAUUGUUUUAUCCUUUGUUUGGGCAUUUGUGAUUUCUCUCGUUACCGAAUCGCCAUUUCUCGCUUUACAAUCAAUUAUUUUUGGAAGAAAUAGAGAAAAGUCUACUUCAAACGAAUUUAUUUCUGAGAAGAACGAUAUAAUCUUCAAAGAAUACAAUAAUACGCAUAUUAAUAUUGUUUGCAGUUCUACUCUUAAUUUGCCGCAGGAUAAGGAUUAAAUGAAAUAUCGACUAUAAAAAAUCAUAUUCGAAAAAAGAUAUUAAUUUUUAUUGCUGUAUAA